AUGCCUACAAUGAUAAGUAAUGCCGGCGGCAAAAAUAUACGAAGCGUGGUUAUCCACAAUAUUAGUAACAAAGAGAUAAAAAAAUUCGACUACGUAGUAGAGCUAUGUCAAUACAAAACAAAAUGCUACCAAUGUCAAAAAACAAUACAAUGUAUCCGCAAUUUAUUGGAUAAUGUAAAUGUUAUAAGGAAAAAUGAAGUAUUAGCUGUAUGUGAACAUUGUAAAAAAUCUAAUUUUAAAAACAAAUGUAAGAGAUGCUUAUAUUUAUUGGAGAAGUUUAUACUGUGUAGAGUAAAACAAAAUGAAAGCCGCCUAGAUGCGUACAGGACGUGGUGGUGUUCUGUAAAGCAUUUGUUGCAAUCCUUGGUACAGACUCAGAACAUAUGCGGAAACAGACUAAGUUUUGAUCAAUGCUCAGAAAUUGAGCUUCAGCAACUUGUUAGCUUAAUAAAAUCACCGUCGCCUACAACAUCUCCUCGUAUAGAUAAUGUUUCGCUUGAUGCUGAAUUGGAAAAGUCAUCGACGAAUGCACUUGAAGUAGAAAAUAAGCACACAUUGCUAGAAAUGAUGGAUGACCUGACUAUUUGCAAAGAAGUCACAUCUGCAGAGGAGGAAACCCCUUGUAUGUGUAGAUAUUUUGUGGAGCACAAAAAGGAUUUUCAACCGAAAGUUUCUUUAGAGAUGCCCCUUGUCAAAGAUAUCCCGUGUCCGCCGUGUACGCAGAAGAAAUCAUCAACUCCACAAGUAUGUAUAACAAAAACUAUUAAAAAGGUCACGAAAACAUCGGCUAAAACGAUUUCUGACGAUCGUACUAUAUUGCGAUUGAUCAAAGAAAGGAAGACUAAAAAGAAACAUGCAAAGGCGGAUGAAAUAAAACUUCCUCAGAUUGAUAGUCUUCCGGCUCUUCCUCAGAAAAAAAAGCAAGUAGUUCACGAAGAUUCAGAAAGUAUUUUAGAGUGCGCUCCGGAACAUUCUGAACGGAAUGAAAUGAUUCGUGGUACAAAAAUAGUACAUUUAGAUCCAAACUAUAAAAUGACUAAACCUUCAAUUGAACCCUUACUGUUUAGAAAACAAUAUAAUUAUGCAAUUCCAUAUGAGGAGCCUCCUCAACAAAUAGAUGCUACAUUAUUAGAAGAGAAGGAAAUGCCCUCUAAGGUAUGUGAACUUAGGUCAAAACUUAAGAUAAUGUGUUGUGAUAGCGAAUGGAUCCCUCAAUCUUUUUAUUUGGGCAUAAUAAGAUACGUGCUUUCAAAUAGAGAAUUUAUAGAUAAAGGCUGGACUAAAUUGCCGAUAAUAAAAAUAAUGCGAAAGAUGAAUAUUUACAAAAUGAUACCUGCAUAUCCACAAUUUGAUUGGUUUAAGAAUCAUUGUAAAGAAAGAGUUUUAUUUUAUGAUUCUGGUGAAGUAUUAGCAGAGAUUUAUGAAAAUGGUUGUGGGAAAUGGUUUUACAGAAAUGGGCUGAUUGCCUUAGAUUAUUUUAAUAGUGAAGAAAUAAAUGUCAAGCAAAGAUACAUUAUUUAUGGCUGUAACGAUGAAUUCAAAUUUAAUACAAAAAGGCCAGUUACAGUUUUAGCCUGUUUUGACCACUUGGGACAUGGGAUUGUGUUUGAUCACACUGGCAAAGUAAGGUUGAAGUAUAACCAAUCUGAAGGUAUAAUUAUUGAUGAGAAAAUUGCGCCACCAAGCCGUUGGAAAUGGCAUACAUUAAAUGAUCCACCAGUUUUAGAAAACGCCUACAUUGACAACAAGGUAAAAUUCAAUCAAGAUAAACGAAAUUUGCUGUCUGUACAUUUGUCGGACAGUGAAGAGAAUAUAAAACCCAUGAAUGAGGAAAUGCUGGUCAUUGAGUUUGAAAAUUUUGUUAAAGCAAAGGCUGCUAAAAUGUUGCAACAAUUUAAGCCGUUCCAAAUAAGAAUGAAAGUAGUUAAAAUAAAUGACUUCUUUUCUCUAAGAGUCAUUGAUCAAGCAAAUAUUUACAUAUUAUAUAGAACUGGUCACAUAAGUUUAAAGUUAAAUAUUGGAAUGCAUUUGAAGAGUGAUGAAAUAAUUGAUACCGAGAUAGUUGAAAUUUCAGAGGUCUCAACACCAUAUGAUUCAGAUAUUUCAAUGUCUAAGAGUGUAACUGAUAUACAGAAAAUAUUAGAAAAUGCAAAAAAUUUUUACAAAUCUCGUAAAUAAAUGUUGAUUGUCAAGAAUGGGCUAGCAUACCUUUUUUGUUGCACAUAAUAUAUCGGAAUUUCAUUUUUUUUUUAUCUUUUAGUACUGUGUAUCUUAAUUUUCCCUUUGUAAGUUAAGAUUAAGUUACAAAUAAACAUUUGUUCACUGAAAGUUUCAUUAUUUUUGAAGAAGACUAAGUCAUAAAAUACAUGCAACAUUAUUUAUUUUACAAGAAUAGUCAAAGGACCCAUACUUUACACUUGAAUUAGUUUGGUGCUUAUAACUAACUGAAUAAAUAUUAUAAGUAGUAUAACCAAUUUUUAUACUAUGUUUUUUACUUUCUAUAUUUAGAAAUAUAAAGUCAGAAAUAUAUGUGUAAGGGCCUGUUUUAAAGUGUAAUAAUUAAAUUACAGUACCUC